CGCGGGCCGGCGCUCGCGAGAGGCCCCGGAGGCGGGGCUCUGCCGGCUGCCCCGAGAGCGGCAGGACAGAAUGCUUUGACCUCCAGGCUGUAAAUCUAGUAGAUAAGCCAGAUCUGUGUUGCCAGCAGGCCGUGGCCUCCAUUUAAGUGGGAAUGCAGCUGACUUGGAUGUCUGAAACUUUCUAGGCACCUGUGUCCAAAUCCCGGUCACUGGCCUAGGGACUACUGGUCAUCCUUGUAGGAUAGCCACACAGCAAAAAUGUUUGCAAAACUAAAGAAGAAAAUUGCAGAAGAAACUGCUGUAGCUCAGAGGCCAGGAGGUGCUACUAGGAUUCCACGGUCAGUGAGCAAGGAAUCCGUUGCCUCUAUGGGAGCUGACUCAGGAGAUGACUUUGCUUCUGAUGGAAGCAGCUCAAGGGAAGACCUCUCAUCCCAACUUCUGAGAAGGAACGAACAGAUACGGAAGUUGGAGGCCAGACUUUCAGACUAUGCUGAACAGGUCCGAAACUUGCAGAAGAUAAAAGAGAAGCUUGAAAUUGCAUUAGAAAAACACCAAGAUUCUUCCAUGAGGAAAUUUCAAGAGCAGAAUGAGACAUUCCAAGCCAACAGAGCCAAAAUGGCAGAAGGACUGGCGUUGGCAUUAGCCAGAAAGGACCAGGAGUGGUCUGAAAAAGUGGAUCAACUUGAAAAGGAGAAAAGAUUUCUGACAGCUCAGUUACAGGAAAUGAAGAACCAGAGUUUGAAUCUUUUCCAAAGGAGAGAUGAAAUGGAUGAGUUAGAAGGCUUCCAGCAGCAGGAACUAAGUAAAGUAAAACACAUGCUUCUUAAAAAAGAAGAAAGUCUGGGGAAAAUGGAACAAGAAUUGGAGGCACAAACCAGAGAACUUAGUCGCACCCAGGAGGAGUUGAUGAACUCCAGGCAGAUGUCAUCAGACUUAAGCCAGAAGCUAGAAGAAUUGCAGAGACACUAUUCAACGCUGGAAGAACAGAGAGAUCAUAUGACAGCUUCAAAGACAGGGGCAGAAAAUAAGAUCACAGCCCUGAAACAAAAGGAACAAGAGCUCCAGACAUUCAUUCAGCAGCUUUCCAUUGAUUUGCAAAAUGUCACUGCUGAAACGCAAGAGAAAGAAAAACUCAUCACACACUUGCAAGAGAAGGUCACAUCCUUGGAGAAGAGACUGGAACAAAACUUAUCAGGAGAAGAACAUGUGCAAGAACUCCUAAAGGAGAAAACAGCUGCUGAGCAGAGUUUGGAGGAUACCAGGCAGCAGCUCUUGGCGGCCAGAAGCAGCCAAGCCAAGGCCAUGGACACCCUGGAGACCCGGGUGAAAGAACUAGAGCAGAUGGUGCAGGCCUCUGAGGAGCAACUCCAGCACAGCAGGGAUGUCGUGGCUGCCCAGGAAGCACAGAUUCUAGAGCUUGCUACUGCAAACCAGGAAAGCAGCCAUGCACAGCAGCAGGUCCUGGCUCUGGAGCAACAGUGCGCCCAGCGCACCCAUGCCCUGCAGGCCCAAAUCCAGGCCCUGGAGAGUGCGCGGGCGGCUGAGCAGACUGCGGCAGAACAGGGGCUGAGAGAACUGGAACAAGAAAACGCAUUUCUUAAAGAUAGGAAUGAAUGUGAGCGUUCUUUACAACAUCACCAGUUUGAGCUAAAGAAACUAAAGGAUGAAUGGAGCCAAAGAGAAGUGGUGAGCGUGGCAGUGGCCCAGGCCCUGGAGGAGGUGCGGAAGCAACGGGAAGAACUGCAGCAGCAGGCUGUUCACCUAACAGCCAUAAUAGAUGAGAAGGAGCAGCGUCUGCAGGAAAAAACUGAAGCGCUUCUCCAGAAAGAGCAGGAGGUGGUCCAGCUGGAGAAAGGUCAUGACUCUGCCCUGCUGCAGCUGCACCAGCUGCAGAGUGAGCUGGAGGCCCUGAGGAGCCUGAGGUCAGAGGAGGCUGCAAUAGCUGCGGCACAGGAUGACCUGCUCAGGCUGCAGGGCCAGGAGCAUAGUGAGCAGCAGAUGACCUCGAUGGCUGUGCAGGGGUCAGUGUACCAGCUCCCAGCAGGAGAGGGAACGCCUAAUGGUGAGGUUGGGACCAUGGACCUCACACAGCUACAGAAGGAGAAGCAGGACUUGGAGCAGCAGCUUUCAGAGAAAAACAAGACCAUAAAGCAGAUGCAGCAACGGAUGCUGGAACUCAAAAAGACUCUGCAGAAGGAGCUGAAAAUCAGACCUGAUAAUGAGCUUUUUGAAGUCCGAGAGAGGCCCAGCCCUGAGAUGGCAAACAUGACCCCUUCCGUCACAAAUAACGCAGACCUGACAGACGCCCGCGAGAUCAACUUCGAGUACCUUAAACACGUUGUUUUAAAGUUCAUGUCCUGUCGAGAAUCCGAGGCUUUUCAUCUUAUAAAAGCUGUGUCAGUGUUGCUGAAUUUUUCCCAAGAGGAAGAGAACAUGCUCAAAGAAACCCUGGAAUAUAAGAUGUCCUGGUUUGGAUCCAAGCCAGCUCCCAAGGGCAGCAUCCGGCCAUCUAUCUCAAACCCUCGGAUACCAUGGUCCUAGAGGAAACUACCCAAGGAUGGAGCUCCAUGGGUUGACACUUUUUCUGUGAAAAGAACACUGACACACCAGUCUGGGUGGGUUUUUAAUCACUGUAACUGCAGUAUUUUGUACAAGUGUCUAAACAUUGUUUACAAGACUUAAGGCUCACUUCCCUUCAGACUGACAUGCACCUCAGGCGGUAGCUGAUCCUGUCAUUCUGGUCCUCCGGGAGGGUCCUGGCAUACCCAGGUUUCCAGUGUUGCUGCUAUCCCAGCUCUGGCCAGCAUCCUGUCUGCACCUGAGUCCUCUAACUUUUCAUGUGAGCACUUAGAGCUGGAGCAAUCAGCAUGUCAGAUGGAAACUGAUUCAUCAUGUCAUGUUGGCACUGGAGGUAAAGACUGCCCUUUGCAAUGGUGCCCAGCAGGCUAAACCCACCUGCCUAUGCCACGUGUCUGUGGCAGCCAACUGGGGAGGGGCUUUUAAAAAUUCCCCCUCUAUUAGCAUGUUUGGGUUCAGAGGAGUUAGAGAGGCUUUUUAACCCUUCCUCUCGAGAAAACAUCAUACACCUUCCUUCUCCAGCACCGAGGUAGAUGGGUGCGUCGGUGCAGCACACUGGAGCCAGCGCAGGCUGAGGAAGCACCCGCAGCUUUCUGGCAGUCUCCCUAUUUAGACAGAAGAAAACUAGCAAAUAUAGGAAAAGAUCCCAAGUAUAGAACCAAAUACACUCAACUGCCUUUUAAUGAAUGUACUUGUCCUGGAUAGGUUGCUGGUAAACCAUUUUAAACUUAUUUUUUAUAGCUAAAGUUCUCUGCUAUUGUAAACGUGUCUUCUCUAUUAUAUAUCCAUUCAACUGGGGUUCCUAGUGGAAAACCAGGGCACAAGAGAAAAUUAUUUCUAAAAUUAGGACUCCUAUCCCUUUUAUAAUUUCACUAGCAUUCUGGCAUCAGCCUCACCUCAGUGGCUUUGCUCUAGUUCUGGGAUACACCACCACUAAGCUAACGAUAGUCACAUUUUCAUUUUCUCUUCUAAGGACGGAUGAUCUGCUGCAGUUAGUGGAUGCAGCAGCUGUCCUUUCCCCCACCCAGCCAAAACACUUGGUGGCAUCUGCCUUGUAUGUGGAUGGGCCCCUCCAUAUUUAAGAUGACACUACACCCACGUGGCCCCAGCUGGCUGCAGCACUUGCUAACCUGCACAUGGCUCUGGUACUGACUGAUACAAACCUGUAUUUGUUAAUACUGAGGAAAAGGGAAUAGACUUGUUCUGGAUAAGCCACAAUACUGAGACCUAAAGGGAAACCAUUUAUGGAUUUACAGUUUGAUGAAAGUUUCACGGGUUAAAUAAAAAACUGAAUUAAUAACUGGAGUUCCUAAAUUUAUCAUAAGUUAUCCAAUGACAGAAUUUCUCAGUUGCACUUAGGGCUCCCCCCGAAAAAAAUAAUCUCUCACAGAAAAACAAAUGCUUGCAGAGUUCUUAUACAGUCCCAAGCCAGGGCAGCAUCAUGUAGCCUCAAGCGCAGGCUCACUCUCUGCCAUCCCCACGAACCAUUCUCCAGUUACCUCCUCACGUGGCUCUUCCUUGCAAAUGUUUGUCCCUUGUUUAGAAGGUUUUCCAUUUAGCACUGGGAACACAAAGCAGGAGUCCCUCUGUUCUGCAGUUUUGCAGAGUAAGAGGUAGCUUUUUUACAAAGUAGGAUUUCCUCCUUUUCAACUGUUCCAGGAAGGAAUCCCUAAGAUCAGGUAGUCAAGGCUUGCCAGAGGCAGCUACUUUUGUAGAAGCCUGGCCUACCUUCCGCUGCUUCUCUAGUCCUUGAGCUGGUCUCACCCUCUACCCGACUCCGCAGCAGGCUGAGGUGUGUGCAGCUCUGCGGUCCAUCACCAAGUCUGACUUGCCUAGAGAGGGUUCAUUCUGAUUAGGCUUUCCUCCUGCAUGUUGAUUUCCUUCAGCUUUAAGAGGAAGAGUGGAGUCCAUAUUCUAAGUGAUUUAAUGCACUUUUACUUGUAUAAAACUUUCUGAGAUGGAGACAGUAUAUAUAGCCCUUUAUAUAAGCAUUGGAUCUGGAUUUCUCCUUCAGUGUUGUACAUAGGGGUUGUAUUAUCUAAAACUGCUGUAGAAAAUUCAUUUGUGGUGCAAUACAAUUUUUGAUUAAAGCUCUUCAAUCCA